GGAGACUUGAGGAGAGCCAGAGCCGCGCGGAUUUCAAGAUGGCGACCAAGGUGGCGUUGUUGAUGUUGGUGUUGCUCUUUUAUAUAGAAGGCUGCUUGUCUUUAAAGGGCACUUUUCAUGUCUGUGAGAAUCUUGGCCUCUGGGAAGUUGAGCGAUCGCUUGAAAAAACGGGUUUCCAUAGAUUAUUAACAACUAGAGUUUUGUUAAAUCAAGAGUUCAUUGGUCAUGACUGUGAGCUAGUGUACAUGGAAGAUCUUCCUCCUGAUGUAUAUGUGGACAUGGACGAACUUAGAAAUAGAGCAGAAUUCGGGGAACCUAAGGUGCUAUCAAAUUCCAGUAUUAAUGUUGAGCUACCCGCCAGCCUAGCAUCGGCACACUACUUAUGGGUGUUCCCCCAGAUAAGAAAAGAAUUCUCUGAAGUCACCAUACAGAUGCCAGUUCAUCUGCGAUACCAGAAGCCAAUGACCUCGAGGAGCACUGUGUAUCUAUCUCUUCGCCCACCUCAGCUCUAUUUGAGGUGUUCUGAGCCACCAGUAGUUGAUUGUGCCACCGUGGCUGGGCCAUGUGCUUCAGAUGACCACAAUAGCUGUCAAUUGUAUCCACUGGCUUCCCAUCUCAGAUCGAGUAUUUUGCAUUUUCAAGUACCUGUUGGCGCUAGAGAACACGUCACCCUGGUAACCACAGUAACAGCACUAAGUAGUAUAGGUGGUAUGAUUUGCACACUUUAUUUUACAAUGACGUCAAAGGCAUGCUGAUGUAAUGUUUAUUAGCUUAUUAGCCCUGAGGGAUAAUGACGUCACGGGAAUAUUGACGAAAUGUUUGACGGUUGAAUGUUUUUAGAGCUCAAAAUAUUUCUAAUAGCAUACGACUAAAAGCGCAAUUGUUUUGUAAAUAAAUGACCAGUGAACCCUGGAAAAUUGAGUUUGAUAUUAUCAAAAGCUAAAUACAGAAUUUCUAAUAUAUUAUUGUAAAGCUAUUUGUUAUGGCGAGAAAAACCAUGAAAAAGGCUUUAAACGAGGUUAACGAAAUUUCCACAUUUAUCGCAGAUGAUUAAAAAGCAUUUAAUUGUAUUGACUUUGCAUUUUAGUUGAAUACAGUACAUUUCUUUGCAUAAAACAAAAAUGCGACGAAACAUAAAAUCCAUCGAGCAAUCUUCCCAUUUUGUCAAUAUCCACGUCUCCAUAACUAUCCAAUAAAUUGAACUGUUUGCUUAUAAUGCUACGAAGCUCAUCUAUGAGAUGAUUGCAGAUUAUUUUCCGCUCUGAUCUUGUCAAAGAAAGCUUUUUAAAGCUAUUUUAUUUGCAUUAGAUCUUAUAAUUUCGUUCCGACCCUCUGCGCUGUUUUUGAGUGGAUUUACUAUUCGUUUUUUCAAUGCGUUUUUGUUUAAUCAAGAUGGCAGUGUUGGAACUGGAGAAGAAAUGUCAAGUAUUGAAAUAGCAAAAGUCUAAAUAUUUAUAGUCUAGAUGAAAACCUUAAUGCGACUUUGUAAACAUCUCUCCCCUGUUAUAGACAAGUAUAAGUUUCGUACUUUUAGUUUCAAUUGAAGUGAAUUGAAGGAAAAUCCUAGUCCUCAGAGCCUUAAAUCGCGCUAAUGUGUUCUCUUAAAUGGGAGUCGAGUUUCACACAAAUCUGUGGAACUCUUUAAAUAUCUGGCUACUAUAAUGAGAAAAAGGAGGGACGCUUUAUUGUGCGAUGGCUGGGUAGACGAGUUUCGAAUUCCAUUAAGUUCUUAGUUAUUGUUCACAAAGUGGUAUCUUUAUCAAAAGCUUUUCUUCCGUUCAGUUGAAACUGACAAAAUACCAUUGUAGUCGCAUCAGCACUUUAAAACCUUAUGAGUUUUAGUCAGCGAAUAUUCGAGAGAAAAAUUUGAUUCUAAAUGGCAAGUCUUUCAAUUAACGGAACAGUUAUUGGCUUCGUGGCCGUCGUGGUGGUAUUUUUGUUCUUUCUCUGUUAUCUAAGUUGUUGUUGGAGAAGCAAGAAGCACCGUCGACCAAAACAAGUAAACCAACUCGAAACAGGCCUGACACAGGGCCGUACAGAAACCACACAGAUAGAAGUGGACCAGAAAUUUACUGAUGUUUGUGAUACCGCUCAUAUCAACACUGCUGCCUCUAUGAAUGAACUUCAAUGCAUACAAGGACUUGAAGUGUAUAGGGUCACAGAGAAAUAAGCCUAACGAAUUGAGGGUUUGUCUUUGGAUAAUACAUUGUUUGGAAGUUAAAGACACGACACAAUUGCUUUCAGAGUCCAUCACCGAUUUACUCUUUAACUUUGAACAGUGAUUACGGCGUUGAUGACUUUGAAAUGAACGAAAUGCUCAAAUAGUAUUUGUAGGAGUGCAUAGAGUUUUAUUUGUAUUAUUUUGUUGUUGUUGUGUUGGCGUCGAGAGACGCACUCGGCAUCUUGAUUCUUGCACGUUUUCAAAGAUAAAUGCACAUCAACCGAGAUGUUAUCAUAUAAAAACUCUAAUUACUUUUCCGUAAAUUUAUGGAUUCGAUGAUAUUUUGAUUGAAUUCACGUCACGUCGAGGCAAAGGCGUUAUGACGUCAAAGAUGCAUGAUGGAGCAGACAAAUAAGAAAACAGGAAUGUUUUAGAUGCGUCUCUUCUUCUGAUAUGCGAAGCAGAAAAACCCAUCUUGCUCAUCAAAAGCAACGAAGUAAGCCUACACUAAAAAGAAAUAAAAAAUGGUCAUCAUAAUAGCAUUGUUGGUCCCCUGAAAAUGAUAAUGGGGCAGACAAAUAAGAAAACAGGAAUGUUUUAGAUGCGUCUCUUCUUCUGAUAUGCGAAGGAGAAAACCCCAUCUCGCUCAUCAAAAACAACUAAGUAAGCCUAUAC